CUCUGUUUUACUAUAGAAAACGGCAAAAUUAGAACUAGUAGAAGAUUUUGGGACCUGUAAGAGAAAGGAAUUGUCAAUUUGCGUAUUGAUUUUGCAGAACAAAAACCAUGAGCUCUGUCUCCACACUUCUUCAAGUCCCUGAUUCGCCAUCUUCGUCUCACCAUCGUCAUUUCCUUUCCCAGAGAACAUACAUCCCGGCUAAUGUCUACGAGCACCCAACGGCUCUUCUCCUCGAGAAAUGCUCUUCUCUGAAACAUCUCCGUCACGUCCUGCCUCUCGUCUUCAAGAACGGUCUUUACCAGGAGCAUCUUUUCCAAACGAAGCUCGUCAGCUUGUUUUGUCGCUACGGCAGUGUCGUCGAGGCUGCUCGUGUUUUCGAGCCAAUUGAUGAUAAGCUCGAUGUUCUUUACCACACUAUGCUCAAAGGGUACGCGAAAGUUUCGAACUUGGAGAAAGCUGUGGAUUUUUUUGUUCGAAUGAGAUAUGACGAUGUAGAGCCUGUUGUGUAUAACUUCACUUAUCUCUUAAAAGUUUGUGGAGACGAGGCAGAGAUUAGAGUAGGUAAGGAGAUUCAUGGAUUGUUGGUUAAGAAUGGGUUCUCGUUGGAUUUGUUUGCCAUGACUGGGCUUGAGAAUAUGUAUGCUAAGUGUAGGCAGGUACACGAGGCUCGCAAGGUGUUCGAUAGAAUGACUGAUAGAGACUUGGUUUCGUGGAAUACAAUGGUUUCUGGGUAUUCACAGAACGGAUUUGCGAGCAUGGCUUUAGAAAUGGUUGCUCGAAUGUGCGAGGAGAAUCUGAAGCCUAGUUUCAUAACUAUUGUCUCUGUUUUGCCUGCUGUUUCUGCUUUGGGGUUGGUUAGUAUUGGCAAGGAGAUUCACGGGUAUGCAAUGCGUGCUGGGUUUGAUUCUCUUGUCAAUAUCUCCACGGCUUUGGUUGACAUGUAUGCGAAAUGCGGAUAUCUGAAAACUGCUCGAUGGCUCUUUGAUGGAAUAUUGGAAAGGAAUGUUGUUUCGUGGAAUUCGAUGAUUGCUGCGUAUGUGCAGCAUGAGAAUCCUAAAGAGGCAAUGAUGAUUUUUAUGAAGAUGGUUGAUGAAGGACUGAAACCAACUGAUGUAUCAAUCAUGGGUGCUUUGCAUGCUUGUGCUGACCUAGGGGACCUUGAGAGAGGAAAAUUCGUUCAUAAGUUAUUGAUUGAGUUGGAUCUUGAGAGAAAUGUUUCGGUAGCGAACUCUUUGAUCUCCAUGUACUGCAAGUGCAAUGAAGUUGAUACUGCAGCUUCUAUAUUCGGGAAAUUGCAGAGCAGAACUCUUGUUUCAUGGAACGCAAUGAUAUUAGGAUUUGCACAGAAUGGUCGUCCUAUCGAAGCAUUGAAUUACUUCAGCCAGAUGCGUGCUUGGACCGUGAAACCAGAUACGUUUAGUUAUGUGAGUGUAAUAACCGCUCUUGCGGAGUUGUCUGUUACGCAUCAUGCGAAGUGGAUACAUGGCGUUGUCAUGAGAAAUUGUCUGGACAAAAACGUUUUCGUCAUGACGGGUCUAGUCGACAUGUAUGCUAAAUGUGGAGCGAUUAUGACUGCAAGAAAGAUUUUUGACAUGAUGAGUGAGCGUCACGUGACUACAUGGAACGCUAUGAUAGAUGGAUACGGGACACAUGGGAUUGGGAAAUCAGCUCUGGAAUUGUUUGAAGUAAUGCGAGAAGGCAACAUCAAACCUAAUGGUGUCACAUUUCUUUCUGUUAUCUCUGCUUGUAGCCACUCGGGUUUGGUGGAGGAAGGACUCAAGUGCUUCCAUAUGAUGAAGGAAGACUACUGCAUUGAACCGUCAAUGGACCAUUAUGGAGCCAUGGUCGACCUUCUGGGUCGAGCUGGACAGUUGAGUGAAGCUUGGGACUUUAUUAUACAGAUGCCCGUUAAGCCGGCUGUUAAUGUAUAUGGUGCCAUGUUGGGAGCUUGCCAGAUUCAUAAAAACGUGGAAUUCGCUGAGAAAGCAGCAGAGAGAUUAUUUGAGUUGAGCCCGGAGGAUGGUGGGUAUCAUGUGCUUCUUGCCAACAUAUAUCGCUCAGCUUCAAUGUGGGAGAAAGUGGGACAAGUGAGAGUUUCAAUGUUGAGACAGGGUCUGCGCAAAACUCCUGGUUGCAGUAUGGUAGAGAUAAAGAACGUGAUGCAUAGCUUCUUCUCUGGAAGUACAACCCAUCCCGAUUCCAAGAAGAUCUAUGCUUUUCUUGAGAAGCUGAUUUGCAAAAUCAAAGAAGCUGGUUAUGUUCCCAACAAGAAUUUAGUCCUCGGUGUGGAAGAUGAUGUUAAGGAGCAGUUGCUGAGUAGCCACAGUGAGAAGCUGGCUAUUUCUUUUGGACUCUUGAAUACAACAGCUGGUACAACUAUUCAUGUUAGAAAGAACUUGCGAGUCUGUGCUGACUGUCACAAUGCUACAAAGUACAUAUCCCUUGUGACCGGAAGAGAGAUUAUUGUACGGGACAUGCAAAGGUUUCACCAUUUCAAGUACGGUGCCUGUUCGUGCGGGGAUUACUGGUGAGAUGAUCCCAAACGCAAAACAAGAGCUAGUCUGAAGUAGAAGCCUUCAUAGAGAGGUGAUCGUGAAUAAUGAUAUUCUCGCUGUAAAUAUGAGCAAACUCUCUUGGAAGCCUCCAUAGAGAGGUACUUUAUUCAUUUUUGCAGCUCUGUAUUUGCUUUCAUGUCUUUUGUGUGAGAGAUGAAAAGUGUUUGCCUUGAAACAA